UGUAAUUGUUAUAUCGGGAACGAGGGCAUCAUCUCUUGGAGCGAAUCGCUCCGCGACGUUUGGACCAAAAGUUUGAUCUCAAAUCUCCGCUUCUCCUUUAUCGUGUAAUUCCCUUUUUUUUCUUAAUUGGUUUCCGCGAUCAUCGGAAAGAUCUUCUGCAGCCCUGGACGAUCUCCAAUUCUGAUGAAUUGGAGUUGAGCAAGAGGAGAGGUCAUAGCGGCGGCUUUGUGUCUGGUUAUGGAGUGUUGUUAUGAGUGGCAAAAAUCAUGGUGUUUUGUGUAGACUGGUUGAAGCAUUUGAUCACUGUCCUCGGGAAGUGCUGUGAUCUUGACUUGUACAAGCCACAAAGAGGCCUUGAGGAACUCGAACAGUUAUCCAGAGAAACUGUGUUUAGUGUAAGUGAAUUAGAAGCAUUAUAUGAGCUAUUUAAAAGGAUCAGUACUGCUGUUGUUGAUGACGGGUUGAUCCACAAGGAAGAAUUCCAGUUGGCAUUAUUUAAGACUAAAAAGGAGAGCUUGUUUGCUGAUCGGGUGUUUGAUAUAUUUGACACAAAGCACAAUGGAGUUCUGGGGUUUGAAGAGUUUGCACGUGCAAUGUCAGUCUUCCAUCCGAGUGCUCCUAUUGAUGACAAAAUUGACUUUUCCUUCAAGCUAUAUGAUCUCAAGCAGCAAGGUUUUAUUGAACGACAAGAGGUACAGAUAUUCAUCUUGUAUAUCAAAACACUUUUAACUUAUUCCAAGAGACUUGAUGUCAUUGAAAGCAUCAUUGACAAGACUUUUGAGGAAGCAGAUACCAAGAAUGAUGGGAAAAUCGACAAAGAGGAAUGGCGCAAUCUUGUCUUGCACCAUCCAUCCCUUUUGAAGAAUAUGACACUGCAAUACCUCAAGGACAUCACUACAACAUUCCCAAGUUUCAUUUUUCAUUCUCAAGUUGAUGAUACAUAGGACGACUACUCUCGCUUCCGCAUUGAUGAAAAUAAGAUCAAGAUCAAGAUGGGACUGCUGUUUCAAGAGUCUGGAAGAGAUGUCAUUUCCUUGUCAUGUUUUUCUUCUUUUUUCCUCCUAUUAUUUAUGCUUCCUGUUUUGUAUCUGUUUAAUUUGCUGGAAUAUGAAUCAUUCCUUGUGUUAAUUGGAUUCAUCUGUUGGUGAAUAUUCAUGUUUUUUUGUC